CUCCUCCUUAGUUUUUCUGUGGACGAUUGGAUUUGCUGCUGUCUUGUUGUAUGCACAUCUUCCUGCACAUGAAGAUGCGAUGAGACACACUAUUAAUAUUCGUCCCAGAUUGAACACCGAAAUCCAAGCCAUUGGGCAGUUCUUCACUAGAGAGAGUCAACCACCUGCCACCGACGCCCAUGACCCAGUGUCCUGUAAAUGUCGACUGGGAGGCCUAAAGUUUCGUACGUAUUAUAAAUCACAGCUGUCUGUAACGCUACCUUGGCUGAAUAUGACGUCCUAUGAGAUGCUGGAAAGGACGCACCCCAACUUGCCGAUCAACAUGUAUCAUGACCUCGCUGCGAAACGGUGCCAUUUACUCCCGUCUUUUAGUAGGUAAGUCCAUCUACAACACUGCUUCCAUGUACUUAUGCUAUUUCAAUUGGAGGUUCCUUGGACUAAAGUGUUGUGUGUCUUGCAGAAUAAGGUGGUAUAAUAGUUAUUACCAGCCCGUGGUAGUUGCCAAGCGCACCCAGUUCCUCCUCUAUUCAGCUUACUUGGAUAACCGUAUUGCUACUGACGUGCGACCCUGUAUCCGUAUCCUUGCAUACAGCAAAGACACGAAUCCUACAGCUCCUUGGUGCAGCAUCUGGUUCAACACAACGGGGCCGCCCGCCGUCUCGCGCGUCAUCAGAAUCGAUUACUUGGAUUGGCAACCCAGGUCAGACGAUCGCCACAUGACCUUCCUGCUCACGUGUCGAAUCCCGAAGUACAAUUCUCACCUCGCGCCCUUAUCGGUGUCCGUUGUGAGUCGCCCGUGUGAGAAGUCCAUUAUGACUUUGUUGAAGGUAAUUGGAUCUAUGGAACGCAACACUACAACUGCUUUGGUUAACUCAAGCAAGAAUAAAGAAAGCUCGCCUGUGUGGAACGCGGCCGUGUGCGGGCCGGCGGUCUCCUACUACCACGAAGACGUUUCCAUCCAGCUAGUCGAGUGGCUGGAGCUCCUGAGGGCUUUGGGCUUCGCCAGGGUGUUCCUGUACGAGACGGACGUCCACCCCAACAUCGAGAAGGUCCUGCGCUACUACGAGGCCGAGGGAUUCGUUGGUGUCACUAAAUUCGCAUACCUGGUCAACGAUCCCAUCCUGCGCAAGUAA